UUUUGUUUUGUUUUGGUUUUUAAUUUCCAUGGGCCUUUUUCUCUUCCCGGUCAGAACUGGCAGUUUAAAACACGGUUUCCCUUUGGGGAGACAGAUCCGAUGAAUGUGGUGGCAACGGAGAAGGGCAUUCUAAUUCUAGGGUGGCCUGGGAGGAAAUUUUCAGUGGUUAUUGUGUAACUAGUUGUUGUUUUUUUUAAGCAUCUGAGAAUUCCCAGGGCAUUUCCUCAUUGCAAAGCCUCCCCUCCACGCAUUCCACCGCUGACUUUGGCAGGCGUUGGGGAAUAGCCUUCCCACCCGUGCUUUCUUCUCCCCCGGUACACCUGAAGUUCUCUCGCCUCCACUCCCCGCGGCUUGGUGGGAUUUCCUAACUGGCUCCAUCCACCUGCGGCUGGCCCGUGGGCGCUGCUUCCCACACCUGUGGUCGGGGCGAGGAGAGCGGGGGAGGGCACGGGCACGGGGUCACGGACCUAGGUGUCAAGCUCAGACUCCCCUCGCUAGGGAACGGGCUUGUGCAAGCACCCCAGCGGCUGCCCAAGCCCUUCCAGCCUGAUCAUCACAUGACUCGGAAGGCGGCGGGAGCCGGAGCUCGAGCAGCAGGAGCUCCUUCGGCUCAGCCUGUGGGUUUAGUUCCGCGCACUGAGGAAGGGAGAGAAGGGGGCGGGGGGAAAGAGAACCUGCCGCCACCGCUCCGGCCCCCCUCCCCACCCCGCUCCGGCCGGUUCCCAGCCUCGCUCCAUGUAGCUCCAUUGCGGAAGUGGACCAGGAGGUGGCGGCGGCGGUGGUGGCUACGCUGGCCCCGGGAGCCUAAGGUUGGGGCCCGGCUCGUCCCCUUUCUGCUUCCAGAGCAACAAAUAGCCCCGAGCCUGUGCUUGCAGUCCCCAGCUCGGCGGCUCCCCGGCUUCCCUCCCUCCUCCUCCUCCUCCUCCUCCUCCUCCUCCUGCCUCGGCGCAGUCGUCGCCGCCGUCCCCAGGCUGCAUGCUCCUAGCCCCCCUCCCCCGCCUCCUCCUGCUCCUCCUCCUGCUGCUGCUGCUGCCGCUGCUCCUGCUGCUGCUGCUCUCCCCGCAGCCGGCCGCGGGAGCAGUAACAUGCUCACUCGCGUGAAAUCUGCGGUGGCCAAUUUCAUGGGCGGCAUCAUGGCUGGUGGCUCGGGCUUGGAGCACGGCGGAGGCUGCGCCGGCGGCGGCGGCGGGGCCGGCUCCGACCUGCCCUUGCGCUUCCCCUACGGGCGGCCAGAGUUCCUGGGGCUGUCUCAGGACGAGGUCGAGUGCAGCGCUGACCACAUCGCCCGCCCCAUCCUCAUCCUCAAGGAGACCAAGCGGCUGCCCUGGACCACGGGCUACGCAGAAGUGAUCAAUGCAGGCAAGAGCACACACAACGAAGAUCAGGCCAGUUGCGAGGUGCUGUCUGUGAAGAAGAAACCGGGAGUCAUUUCCUCAACUCCAAACAGAAACGCCUCUGCAAAGCGAAGGUCCUCUCUUCCUAACGGGGAAGGGCUGCAACUAAAGGAGAACUCUGACACGGACGGCAUUUCCUUCCACUACUGGUCCCUCUUUGACGGGCACGCCGGAUCUGGGGCAGCUGUUGUGGCAUCCCGGUUGUUACAGCAUCACAUCGUGGAACAGCUACAGGACAUCAUAGAGAUCCUGAAGAACUCUGCGGUCCUCCCCCCGACUUGCCUUGGGGAGGAGCCUGAGAACAACCCAGCCAACAGCCGGACUCUGACGAGGGCUGCCUCCCUUCGAGGAGGAGUGGGGGCCCCGGGCUCCCCGAGCACCCCACCCACACGUUUCUUUACCGAGAAAAAGAUUCCCCACGAGUGCCUUGUCAUUGGAGCCAUUGAAAGCGCAUUCAAGGAAAUGGACCUGCAGAUAGAACGAGAGAGGAGUACGUAUAAUAUAUCUGGAGGCUGCACAGCCCUUGUCGUUGUCUGCCUGUUGGGAAAGCUGUAUGUGGCCAAUGCUGGUGAUAGCAGAGCCAUCAUUGUGAGGAAUGGAGAAAUCAUCCCCAUGUCUUCAGAAUUCACACCAGAGACAGAACGCCAGCGGCUCCAAUACCUGGCUUUCAUGCAGCCUCACUUGCUGGGAAACGAGUUCACACAUUUGGAGUUUCCAAGGAGAGUACAAAGAAAAGAACUUGGAAAGAAGAUGCUCUACAGAGACUUCAAUAUGACAGGCUGGGCAUACAAAACCAUCGAGGAUGAGGACCUGAAGUUUCCCCUUAUAUAUGGAGAAGGCAAAAAGGCACGGGUGAUGGCAACUAUUGGUGUAACCAGAGGACUUGGAGACCAUGACCUGAAGGUGCAUGACUCCAACAUCUACAUCAAACCGUUCCUGUCUUCAGCUCCUGAGGUGAAAGUCUAUGACCUCACACAGUAUGAGCACGGGGCAGAUGAUGUACUGAUUCUGGCCACUGACGGACUCUGGGAUGUUCUGGUGAAUGAAGAAGUGGCCGAAGCAAUCACACAAUUUCUUCCUAACUGUGAUCCUGAUGACCCCCACAGGUAUACACUGGCAGCUCAAGACCUGGUCAUGCGAGCUCGUGGCGUGCUGAAGGACAGAGGCUGGCGCAUAUCCAACGACCGGCUGGGCUCCGGAGACGACAUCUCUGUUUAUGUCAUUCCUUUAAUACACGGGAACAGACUGUCAUGAGCCUCCGGAGCGGCCCAGGGGACUGGGAGGGUUGUUGGAAGAGAGGCGGUGUCUCUGGGAGGAAGGGAAAUGCAGAUGCCAGUACCGAGGGGUGUCCUCCAGUCCAGUCCAUGCCCCGUGGGUGAGGAGUCUGCUGUUCCCCCAGGCGGGGCUCUACAAGUGCCUCUGCCUCCCAGUGCUUCAGGUAUCCCUUGGCACACGGCAGGAGCGGAAAUGCAAAGACUUCUCCCCUGCGCCGGGUUCCUCUCGCUUCCUUUUCUAGAUCACCUGAGUUGAGGCCUACCCAUUUGGGGCCACAGGAGUAUUUCUUUUGUUCCAGAGUAGUUGGAGAAAGCCAAUUCAGGGAUAACCCCGCUAAGAGGUGUUGCCAGCAAGCUUCCCUGAGAACUGAGGAAGAUGCACACUGGAAAAUCACUGAGAGUGAAUGCUGGAUUGGACAGCCCAAGUCGUCCUUCCUCCAGUCAGCCUGGUGCUUGUUACAGGGAAAGCUUAGAAGACUUGGGUGGGGGGUUUUUUAUGGGUAUGAUAUUCGAAGGGGGUGGGGAGGAGGUGGUUUAUUUUUUUUGCAUUCCUUAAAUUCCCAUCUUCCUGGUCCACAGAGUGGGGCUGGGGCCCAGGGCAGUCCCUUCAGCUUCUCACCCACAACAGCCCUGUGGGACAGGGCCCUGGAUGACAGAACGCUGUUGUUGUAUAACAGUGAGCGUCCUCCUGGGGUGCGUUCUCUUUCCAGAUUGAUUUGUUUUCACCCAAACCUGUAUAGUCCCUCGGACCUUUCUGGUCCCCUCAUUGGUCUUUCCUGUUGGGGGCCCAAAGUGUCUCUCUGGGAGUGGGGAUUUCCAUUCACUGAAUGGCUGCCUCCCUCUCUCCUCCUAUCACCCAUCCUGUUUAAAGGAUCACUGUGUAUAUGGAGACCUAUUUGAAGCAGUGUUUAGGAGACCCGAGUGUCUGGGGAGUUUCUUGCAUCGGCCUUUUAGCUGUACCUCCUUUGAGGAGUACUACAGUAUCCAAGGUGUCAUGUCCCUUCUCUACUCCAUACCUAAAAGCAAACCAGGAUACCUGGACAGUGACCAGGAGGCAACCAUCUCUGACUCCCCUUGGUAUCCAUUAGCAUUUCCAAUCUGGUCUCUCUUACACCCCUAGAGCCCCGACUGCUUCACCCUUCCUCCCAGCCAUCUCUCGUCUUGAGAUAUGAUUUCACAGUUCUUGCUCAUACGCCAAAGCGCCCCACUUCUGUAACCCUAAUCCAACCCUGCCAACUUUUUUUUUUUAAGGGGGAUGGGAUUCAAAAUGAAGUAAAUAUUCUUUCUGAUUACUGUGCAGAAAUGACAGUGCUUUGCUUUGUGGGACCUGGGAUGAGGCAGGGAGUGGGGUCCACCAGCUACGUCUCCUCCACGAACCUUGGAUACUUGGGGUGUCUUCACCAAGCUAACCACUUUCCAUAAUGAAAACCAUUUCUGUAGGCCAGUGAAAGAGAAGAAGGCAGUCGGUGUGAUUCUAAAAAAUGCCAGCUAGCCAGUUCCACGUUUCACACAUAUUUGAAUUCCUUCCCCAGAGGAGAAGAGGGCUGGCAUUUCCACGGGGCUGCCACGUCUUUGGCGUUCCUGGAGGCAUUAAGAUUUUCUUAGGAUUGGCUUAGAGCCUUCCUACUCGGGAAUUAUUCCAUGAUAUGUAGACUAGUCACUCGCCAAGCAGCGGUUCAGUACUAAGGAGCUCACCAGGUAUUUACCCCCAACCACUGGCUGCAAGGAUCCUCUGUAACACUUUGUCCAUCUAGGUCUGCCCACACGAGGUAGGCCCCCUCCCACUUCCUUCCUCUGCUGAUCAAAUCCACCCUUGUGUCUGAUGCUACGCUGCGGAGCUCAGUGGCUGGAGGCGGACGUGGCACUUCUGUGGUUCCCGUGUUGACUGCGUGUGAUGCCACAGACAAGGAAAUGCAGAUAUGGCCUGAGUGAGGGGAGCCAAAGACACCUUGGCCUCCUCCCUUUCAGGCACAUACAAACAGGACGAAUGGUGUCGCAGAGGACUGUCUGUUGGGGCCUUGGACCUUUUUCUCAUGGAAGCAGGCCUCAGGCUCUGUGAUGCUAAGUAGCUUGUCCCCUAACCCCCUCUACCAAUAUACAGGCACCCAGGCAGGCAGGCACACUCUUGCACAUGCCCUUUGUUCUCCUUUUCCCCUUGGGGGCCCAUGCCUUCCUCUGUUGUGGGUGUCUUCGGUCCUACUAUGUAAUGGCAGCCAGACUUCUUGACUUAGCCCCCAGUUUGCCACCUGUUCCAAGCUGAGAAGCAGCAGUAGCAGCCUGGCUCGUAGCAUGGCUACUAGGCCUCAGACUGUCUCUCCCCUGGACAGCCACGUUGGCUAGCCCUGAAGCCCCACCCUUGGAGAACUCCACCAGUUGUCAUUUCAGGACAGCAUCCAGAAAUCCCACUCACAAGCCAUAGGGAAAACAAGUCCCAUUGAGUGAAGAGAUUUAUUUCUCAAACAGCACAAGCCCAACUCUGUCCCUAAUGUGGCAUCUUCAGAUCUGAAAAGCAGGGCUGCUGCAUGGAGGAAGGAGAAAAGGCCUUCAAUGCCGGGUCCUGGUGCUGUGAAGGGGGAAUAAAUCAGAAGUGACAAAAAUGAUUUCCUAGGGGCAGCUAGGUGGUGCAGUAGAUAGAGCACCAGCCCUGGAUUCAGGAGUGCCUGAGUUCAAAUGUGGCCUCAGACACUUAACACUUACUAGCUGUGUGACCCUGGGCAAGUCACUUAACCCCAGUUGCCUCACUAAAAAAUGACUUGCUAGAGCCCCACAUCAAGAUCGCUUGUGAAUUGAGCCCGCUGCAUAUUUGCCUUUCUCACCAGAUGGGAGGGAACAGAACCCUUCAUCCUUGGGCAGUGACCCCGCCUAGAUAAUGUGUUGGCUGUCAGAGGACUUCCCAGUAAGCCCAAAAGGCGAUGCGCUCCAAAUUCUAUUUAUUUCUAUGCCACCAAGUCUAGUGUAUCUGACUUAGAGCCAAAUCUACUUGUAGCUGUCCCAAAGGAAGUCUUGCUUUUCAUUUCCCAGUUAUGUUAUUCUAGUUAUCCUGGGUAUUGGAGUGUUUUUUGUCUUGUGGUAUUUUUGUGUUGUUGUUGUUUUUUAAGUGAAUCCCUUCCACCACCACCCUCCCGCCCAAGUUACCCACUUAUCUUAUUAAGAUGGCUCUUUCCAUUUCCCAGCUGGGCUUCUCCAACCCCUACAAGCCCUCGAUUUUGUCAACACUGUUUUCAUUAAAGGAAGGGAAAACUGCUAACAAACCCAGACUUCCAUCCUGAUUCAGGCUCUAGACUGAACCAUUCCCCACACAAACCCCUUCCAGCACCCUUGGCCCUGGGAUAUUAGAUCAGCCUGGCUUUGUCCCCUGAUCGCGGCCGGGGUGAAUCCUAACCAAAGGCUCAUGAGUGACAAAGGAGGAAGGAGUACGUGGAACUGGGCCUGGGAGGGGGGAAGGUGGGUACCCAGCUGUGGUUGGCCUCAGAGCUGCCUUCUUGAUAAUAGGGAAGUGGGCUCAAAGCUUUCUCCACUAAGUUCUGCUCUGGUCCCCAGCAUACUGGGGGGGAGGGGCGGAUGGGGCAGGGGAGAAGUUUUAACAGUCCCUUUGCUUCUGUGCCACCCUUCAUCUCGGGCAGAGCUUUAGCCGCGGUGGUGGAGAGGGAUGGCUUCCAAUCCUGGGACCCUCUGAGAAGAUAAUCUGCUAUUCCAAUUUCUCUCAGUUUCACUCAGGUCUGUGCCCCAACCUCCCCCCUUCAUGAAGUCAGGCUAUUAUUUAUUAAUCAGGGAGAGGAGAUUUUAUAUGACCAGGUAUAUAGCCUUCCCUUCAAGGGCCCAAGCAGCUCUACACUCUUUCCCCCAGUGAAUAAUAAAGCCUUAAUGGGAUUUUUUUUUUUUUUAAUAAGCAGCCCCUCAUAGGACAGUCAGGGAGAGAGAGAGAGAGAGAGAGAGAAAACAGCAGGGUUUUCACAAACAAAGAGAUGUCAGGCUCACCCCUCUACAAGCUUUUUAAAAAUAGAAAAGGCCUCCGGCCACUGGACAGAGUUCUACACUGGAAAACUCCAAGUACCAAAGACCAGAGGGUGUGCGAAGCCAAACGGCUCCCCCUGGCCUUCCCUGACGUCUUGGAAUCAGAGCAGGUCUUGGCCGAGCCGGGCUGGUGAUGUGGCACAUGGAUAAAGCAGUGAGAUAUCUGAGGACCACACGGUGUAGGCAGCCGAACCAAAAUGAAGGCUCAGUCCAGAUUGGAAUGCCAACUUGAACGGGCUUGACCGUCUCACCCCACCAUGUACUCUUGUGUAAAUAGCUUUACUUUUUUUUCCCUUUGUCUUAGAUGAAGAUGUGUUUGUGUAGCUACCACAUAGACAGUGACCAAACGAGACUGUAUGUGUGCUGCCAAUUUCUACCUACGAUAUACUUGGAGGAGGGAGGAGCCCACGAGGCCUCCAAUCCUUUUAAUCCUUCCAUGAGUCCAUUAUGUUUGUUGAUGUCUGUUGGGGGAUUUUUUUGGUUGUUGUUGCUGUUGUUGUGGUUGUUGUUGUUUCUAUUUCUUAGGGAUUUUUUGAGGGUUACUCUUUCCUACUCUUGUUUCACUUCCAUUUUCUUUGUUCCUGCUGGUUGUUAAGGCAGACCUAUAACAGAAACCACACUUUCAAGACUGUGUGAUCAUUUGCUUUUUUUUUUUUUUUUUCCCAUAAGGACCCUUCUGUAACGAAGAGGGUGGAAAAUCUGUCAGGAAAUGGAUUUCAGAACAAUACACAUUUCUGCUUUUUUCGACUGUGUUGACUUUUGUAAGGCACCCCCCAACCCAAACAAAAACUGUUUUAGUACAAAGGAUUUAUUGUAUGUGUUCUGAAAACUUAAGUGCAAUGUCUCGAGGGAGAAGCUAAGGAGAAAUGUAUAUGCUCGUUGACAUUUUAAAAUAAAAAGAUUAUAUAUAUGUACAUAGGACACCUUCA